AUGGUUGCACCUGGCAUGAAUCAGCAGGGGGGAUCAUCAUCAUUAGCAUCAUCGCAAGUGCAGAGAGUACAGGUGACACAGUACCGCGGUACAGAGCAGGCAGCUGUGCUCAUGUGGUUCUGGAACAAGCACUUCUGGCUCCCUCACAAUGUAACCCGGGCUGAUUUGCAAAGCUCAGAUGAACCCUCCUUCCCACAAGCAGCAGAGCACUUCUAUGUGGCUUUGCCUCUGGCUUCCUGCAUCUUCAUGUUAUACAGUGCUCCUUAUCCUGUGUCUUACAGGUUUCUUGCUAGACCAUGUGGCACCGCCAUAAAGAUACAAGCAAACAGGCCUCAGAAGGCACAGUCCAAUGCUAUCCUGGAGAAGGUCUUUACAGCAGUCACCAAGCACCCAAAUGAGAAGAGGCUGGAGGGCCUGUCCAAGCAGCUCGACUGGGAUGUGCAAACCAUCCAGAGGUGAUUCAGACAGCUCUGGAACCAGGAGAAGCCCAGCAUCUUGUGCUGCUUCUGCGAUAGCAUGUGGAGGUUUGUGUUUUCCCUGUACAUAUUUACCUAUUGAGUACGGUUCCUGAAAAAGAUAAAUAAGAUCAAAAUCCACUGUUAG